CCUGGCAGUUGUGCGUCCAUUUGUCCGGCUGGGGUGGAAGUCCUUUCCUCCCGCCGAUGUGGGGCCCGACGCCGGCCCCGACGCGAUGCCCCAGCACCGCUCCGCUGGUGCACCGGUGCCGGCGCCAAGCAGCCGCCGCCGACCGCGUGGCACCGCUGCGGCGCUUACGGCGCGGUGCGGCGGGCGUGGUGGGAGAAGUGGUGGUGAGGAGGUGCCUCCGGCACUUCGAGUUCCAAGGGCGUAGGUCGGCACAGCUCGGGGGCUGGCGCGGUGUGGUGGAGGAGAGCGAGCUGGACACGCCAGGAGCCGGCCGCUCGCGGGUCCUCUGCCUGCGCGGCCUCUGUCCGCCGGCCACGGCCUCCGUGCUGCGCGCGGCGCUGGAACGGGCGCCGGAGGCCUUCGUGGCGACGGCGGACUCGGUGGACGAGGGGCCCAGCUUCGAGUUCAACCCGCUGUGUCGAGGCAAGUGGCAGGACCUGCAGCUGCAGGCGCUGCUGGCGCCCUUCGUCGAAGAGCGCCUGCUGCCGGCGCUGCGAGACGCACUGGAGGAGCCCAAUCUGGCGCUCUCCGAGGUGCUGGCGCGCAGGUACGCGCCGGGCGAGCGCCGGGGCCACGGGGUGCACUACGACGGCCACGCCUACGCCACGGCGGUGCUGGGCCUCUCCGAGCCGGACGCCUUCCGCGGAGGACUCUAUUUGCAGCCGGAGCCCGCAGUGGAGUCACGACGUUUCUGCGAUCUCACUCCGGGCGACGUGCUGUUGCAUCGCUUCGACUUGCAGCACGGCGUGGAGGUCUUCGAGGGCGAGCGCUUGAGCCUCAUCUUCUGGUUCAAGGACUCCGCGAACUCCGUCGAGACCGGCAGCACCCCCUGGUACGAGGGCGUCCCCUCGGCGGCAGCGCUCUACAAUCUUGGAGUUCAGUACGAACUGGGCCUUCAUGGCAAGGCGCUGGACGUCGCCCAAGCACGCGCGCACUAUCGGCGGUCCGCUGAGUUGGGGCACUGCUCUGCCAUGAACAACUUGGCACUCUUGGAGGAGGACGUGGAGGCUGCGGAGCGCUGGCUCCGCGCCGCGGCGCGGCAGCGCCACGGCCCGGCGAUGCUGAACCUGGCGCUGCUCCUGUUGAGUCGAGAGACGUUGGAGACGAAGGAAGCGGCAGAAUGGAUGCGCUCAGCGGCUGCGAGCGAGCCCAAAGCGGCCUUCUACCUGGGCGACAUGUACGAGCGCGGCCUGGCCGGACUCCAAGACGAAGAUGCUGCCGAGGAGUGGUUCCAGCGCAGCGCGGAGAGGGGCUUCUUUCCGGCGCUCACACGCCUGGCGCGCCGGCGCUGGCAGCAGCAGCGCUACGCCGCGGCGGCGGAGCUCUACGCGGCGGCCGCCGCCGCGGGGGACGCCGAGGCACUGCAAUGCCUGGCGCUCCCCGAGCUUCAACCGUGGAGACCCAGCCAGGCUGAGUCAGCUCUGGAGGAGCUGGAUGAGGAAGCUGCCGGCGCGGUGGGCUUCGGCUGAAAAAA